AUGGAUUAUGAUAAAAAUUUUAUUACACAACAAAAAGAGAAAAAAAAUCAUUUGGCAAGUCGAGUAAAUAAAUUUCAAGAAAUAGUCAAUCAAAUAGGUGCACCACCAUCCGCCGAUAAAGCUGAUUUAGCACAUCGAGGUCAGGAAGUUAGAGAACAAGUUUUGGAAGAAAUGAAACAAUUAUGUCAUAUUAUUCAAACUAAUGGACAAGAACAAGAUGGAAUAGUAACAAUUAAAUUUGGUGAUUUAUUCGAAAUUUAUACGAAUAUUUCGGAUAAAUUAGUUGGUGUAUUACGGAAAGCUCGUAAACAAGGUUAUUUGGCUUUUAAAGGUGAAAUGUUAUUACAAAACAGAGAUGAAGAUGUUGUUAUUCAACUUAAUCGUUUGCCUUAA